AUCAUUUUGUAUAAACAUACGCAGUGUGAGGACGUUUGAGUUUGUAAAUUAAAUCAAAUAACAUGUAUUAUUGUUUUUAUUUGUGAAUUAUCAAACCCGCUAAAAUGAGUGACGGGAAUAGAAAAGUGCAGUAUUUGGUGACCUUUUUAGUGUCACUAGCCGCAGUGACGACAAGCGUGUCAUUCUCGUGGACCACCCCCGUUAUACCGAAGUUUCACAAUAACGAGACAACAUUAAAUGUUACCGAUAGUGAAAUAUCAUGGAUUGUGGCAAUGACGUCACCCGGCGUGUUCACAGGCAGUAUGGCGGCGCGUUUCACCUCCGAUAAAUUCGGAAGAAGAAUGACCAUAUUGAACAGUGCGCUUCCAUUUGCAAUUGGCACGAUAUUUGCCAUGACCGCCUACAAAUCUUGGAUGCUAUACGUAGCGCGAUAUUUUUGGGGCUGUGGUGCAGGGAUGGUUACUGUGGUAUCUUCAAUCUAUUUAGCUGAGAUAGCCCACAAGGAUAUCAGAGGCAGGCUCACUGUUAUAAACAGGUUUAUGUUUAACUUCGGAGCUCUUCUUGUACUGGCUGUUGGAUCCUUCGUGACAUUUACUGAACUAAACUAUUUACUCAUAGUAUUACCCGCUUUAUACUUUUUUGCUUGCUGGUGGGUACCUGAAACACCGUACUAUCAUCUUAAAGAAGGCAAUAUCGAUAAAGCUAAAAAGGAGCUGUUGAAAUUAAAUUAUUAUAAAAGUGAUAAGGAACUGCAAGAGAAAUUGAAUCAAAUGAACUCAGAUGUUAAGAAAGAAAUGAGUCGCUCUGGCUCUUUGAAAGAAUUAUUUGUUGGAAAACAGCAUAGAAGAGCACUCAUUAUUUCAUUAGGAUUAAGAAUAACUCAAGUUAUGGCUGGAACGAUACCAAUUAUGCAAUAUUUAGGACGCAUAAUGCAAGAAAGCAAAUCUGGAAUGGAAGUGUCUACAGCGUUGAUUAUAUUUGGUGUGGUACGAUUUAUCGUUGGUCUGGUGUCAUCUGCUGUCGUCGACAGAGUAGGACGGCGCCCUCUCCUCAUAUUUUCGUUUUUUGGUGCAGGCGUAUGUUUAGCGAUAGUUGGCAUCUAUUUCUACAUUCAAGAAGUUGUUGGUAUAGAAAAUGAAUCUUCAAGCUCCUUCCGCCACGUAGCCUUCAUCGGCAUCAUUUUAUUCAGUAUUGUUUCAACUUUCGGCUUCGAUACACUAAUCUUCGUUGUACCAGCUGAAAUUUUUCCUUUAAACGUUAAAUCUGUCGCCAUGACUACUUUAAAUAUUCUAGGGGCAAUACUUGCUUUCGUAGGUGUUAUAGGGUAUCAAACUGUUAAGGAUCUCUCAGGUUUGUAUGGAGUAUUUUGGAGUUUUGGCACAAUGUCUUUCAUUGGCGCUAUAUUCAGCUAUUUUGUAGUUCCCGAAACGAAGGGUAAGAAUUUACGUGAUAUACAAAUCGAACUGCAAGGAGAAAUUUACGAUGAUGAAAAACUAAAUCAAACGAUCUCAGAUGUUGAGAGGAAUGAAAAUGUUGAUGUUAAAAUGAUAAAUAUGGAAGAUAUUAAUGAAAAAUCUGAAGAUACCGCACUAAAUAGAUAACAUUGCGGGAAAUUAGGCUAAUACUUAAAUUAAAUAUUGUUUUUAAAAUUUUAGAAUACUAGAUUCGGAGAUAAUAUUUAAAAAUCGAUUUCACGCGUUAAUAUGAAUUUCUCAUUGACUUGAUUUCUUUCAAAGAACAAGAUAAAAUUAUCUAUAGUAAAUAAAGUAUUUAUAUUCGUUGCCCAGUUGAUAAAAUUUAAUGCUUCGUUGUAAUCUAGUAUUGAUGAUUUCAUACUAAAUCAUUCUCAUAGAGACUAUUGAAGUUUGGUAAAAACUCGGACACAAUAAAUUAUAAAAAUAGCCUACGGCGCGUUGGAGAGCAUUGACUGUUUUGACAUGAAGGUGCCUUUAGUAUUGUAUACUUAUAUUCUAAUUUAGAAAUCGGUUUAUACCUAGUUAUUAUAGUUGUAUAUUUGAUACAAGGUCUUAAGAACUUCAUAGAUAAAAUGGGACAUUCCAUAUGUACUUAGUUAAUUUUACUUUGUAUUUAUGAGAUUUGAUAUUGAUAACAUUAAUCGUAUUGUAGCUAGCAACACUCCUAGAUAUUCCUUAACUAAUUACUAUUUAUAAAAUUAUUAAAAUUCGAAUCAUAAGAGUAUGAAUAAAUUUGUAUCAAUUA